AUGAACGGCAAGAAAAAUUUUGCGAAAUUUAUGGAAAAGAAAAUGUUUAACAUGGCACCGAAGGAAAAGAUGAAUGAGGAUUUUAGACACAUGAGGAAGGAAGAGAAUCUGAGCAAUGUGGUAAACACUAGCGAGAGGAGGAUCUUAUUUUACAAGACGAAGAUUUGCCCAUGGUAUAUUAAGGGGAAGUGCGAAAGGAGAAAGACCUGCUUGUAUGCACAUGCACAGAAUGAAUUGAGAGAAUUGCCCAAUUUGUGCAAAACGAGCUUGUGCCCGAAAUUGAAAAUUAACGAAUCAUGCAAUGAUAAGAAGUGCAAGUACGCACACACGAACAUCGAAUUGAGAGCCACAGAAAAUUUGUACAAAACGGCCUUGUGCGAAAGCUUUAUUAAAGGGAAAUGCUUCUCAGGGCAAUUUUGCAGAUAUGCUCAUGGCCAGAAUGAAUUAAGGGAACAUCCAAUGGAAAUAACUGACAAGAAUAUAAUCAUUGGAACGAACAAAAUGAAGAAUGACAAAUUGGAUUAUGAGAAAAAGAAGGGCGGAAACGGCAUCAGCAACAAUAUGCACAACGGAGAAAACGGAAAGAGGAGUGAAACGUAUUGUGUUAUGCCCAAGAAGAAGGAGGCGACUCACCCGAACAAAGUUAGUGCACUCACAGAAGAUGAUGGUGUUGGCGAUGUUACGGAAGUAAUGGACCCACAUGCACAGAACGGAAGCGCGACGGACAACUCCUACGAGUGUAACAAGAAGGGAGGUGCAGAAAACGCCGUCAAAAGUGGAAAUACGAACGGAAGCGGAAAUGGAUUCCAGCACGGCGGAAACAACGGCCCAAAUCACAACUCGAGCCACAACGGAAACAAGAUGGGCAGGAAGAACGAUGCGCACGACUACCACAAAAAGGGGCACAAGAACCACAAGUAUAAGAAUGCCGAGAUUAUGAACAACAACAACAACAGCAGUAGGUGUGACGGAAGGAACAGGAAUGCCACCCCGUCUUCUGUAGGAAAUUACCUAAAGCAUGAGGAUUGUACAAAGUUCAAUGAGGAGCAAUUUCUAAAUGACAAUUUGAACGUUCUGGGCUUCCUAGAAGAACAUAACAGUGGCAUAGAAAAAUUUGGAAAAGGAAGCAACAUUGGGAACAGUGUGCUAAAUGAAGUUGGAAACAAUUCGCUGGGAAAUUUCGCGAACAACAACAUGAUUGGAGGUAGCAACAACAGCAGCAACAACGGAGCCCUAAUGAAAUAUGCAAGGAACAAUAAUAAAGGCAUUGGAAACAACAGCAACUCAUCCUCCUUAAUGAACUGUAACAUGGCCUCACCGAAUACUGAAAAUUUGGACUUGAGUAUGAAUAUGCACAAUAACGGUUCGGAAGAUAAUUAUUACAAUUUCACUGGAACGAACCUGGACAAGCUGAAUUACGAAGACCUUUUUUUUAGUACCAACACCAUAAGCAACAGUGCCAAUGCCAUGAACACCUUGAACAGCAUGGGUAGCAUGGGAAGUAUAACGAGCUUUAACAGCAUGAACAGCACCAAUGGCAUGGGUAGUGUGAGCGGCAUGACCAUGAACAACGCGAACAGCGGGGGCAACAUGAACUGUAUGGGUGGCUUGAACGACCUGGGUAUGAACAACAUGAAUAACAUGCCCAUGAACAUGAGCGCUUGA